AUGCCCAAAAGAAAGCCAAAGAACGCCGGACGCGCCGCAGCGGAAAACAAAAAGGCGAAAGAGGACCCUUCGGACGAAACGAAGAUCGAACCGCUUGACCAGGACUUCGAGCUUUUGGGCAUUCCGAGCCCCGUCGAUGAGAUGAAGGAGCGAGGGAUCUGCUUUCCAGAGCGCUACCCACGAGGCUACCUGAAAGGGACGGCUAAAGGGCUUGCCGCUGAGCUCGAGAACAAAGUCGCCUCUUGGUCGGAAAAGUACGCGGUAAAUGAUAUGGCGAAACUGGAAAAGAAACUGUCGUCAAAACAAUGGGGAGAGGUCAUCCAGGCGGCUGCAACCUACUGCGCCCAAUGCCCGGUUGAUCUGCUGAAGGGCUUGCUCCCUUCCUCGGUCUACCGGCGUCUGCCUGAGCUUCUUGCACAUGCUAUUGUAAAUAGAACCGUGUGGCGGAUCGUGCAAACCCCGUUCUAUUUUGUCGAGCCAGAGUACCUCAACGACAAAGUAGCAAAGGUAAACCCCUUCGUCUACCAACCCCCUGCAGGUUUUGGGUUAUAUCUCCGCCAGCUUUUUCAGACGACAAUGUGGGCCAGACGCGAGGACACCAUCAAAUGGCGACAACUCCUGCUUCGAUCCAUCGCGACACACACGUCAGCCGUUGACCUACAUUGCGGUGGCGGCAUGAGCCUCAGCUUCGAGAUGCAAGGCCGGAUGGACACUGCGAAAGAAAAGCUCACCAGUCUGCUUCUCCAGGGCCCGCUUCACCUCCUCCUCAAGCAUUCCUCUAUCAGCAAGGAGCAGCGCAACAAGCUAGCCGACAUCAUUAUGCUAGCAACCAAGUUCUCCAUCGUAUGCGGCAUAACAGACAAGGAAUUUAACUUCCGGCUCUUCGACCAGCUGCCGCUCUACGGAAGCCGGCACUCGCGCAUGAUGGAACCCGAUGCCACGAGCAAGGCCGCACAGAGCGACAAAGACGUUGACCGUGUCCUCGAGAACCGGCUUGUUGUCUUGACGCUCCGCCCGGUUUUCACCUACAAAAUCGGAGUCCAGCGCAUGGGUCCGCCCUCGAGCGAGCACGUUGUCGCCAAGGCAAUCGUCGUAUUGGCUAAGAAGGAAGCGCCGAGGCCUGUGGUCGACGAAGCAACGCACGCUGGCCCCGCUGGGAGCGAGUCUAAACACCAUUUGUUCAGCAACUUGGACCCCGGCGUCGCUGACAAGCUCAAGAAGCCGUUCAAACACCAGUUCAACAUGUACGAUGACGACGGUGACGUUGCAUCCAGCAAUAUCACCCCGCUGGGAACUGUGAUGUCCUCUGUGAUCAAGGAUGAGUAA